AUGUUGGACGUCCUGAUAAUAGGUGGAGGGCCCCAUGCCCUGACCCUGGCCACCCUGCUGUCCUGUCCAGACCGGGCCCUGUCCCCACCUCCCCCCAACACAGACAUCCUCCAGGGGGUCCAGCUCAGCCAGGGCGGGGCCAAGACCAGCCGCUCUAAGACCAAGAGAGGAGGAGCUACCAGCCAGGGCGGGGCCAAGACCAGCCGCUCUAAGACCAAGAGAGGAGGAGCUACCAGUAAGGCUAACUACACUACAGCUCAAUGUUUUUACAUUGGUUUUUCAUAAAGGGCCCAGAUUUAGCCUAUUCCCAGACUAAAGAGUGAAUCAUUAUUAAAAGUGUUUUGUUAGUCAGAGGGUACGCCUCGGUGUGAUUUGGGUCGGCCCACAAAGUAGACACACACAGAUGUUUUUCCUCACAUCCGGGCCUUUCUCGAUUUCAGUUAGGAGAGACAUUCCUCUCUAUCUCUCUACACAUAUACUGUACAGCAUGCUGUUAGUGCUGUCUGUUUUUGACAGGCCUCUAAUGUCUCCCCAUCCCCAGGACAACAGCCAUCUGAGGAGCAGGACGCUCCAGGCCGGGCCCAGACCCAGUCUCUAGACUAAAAAGCAAAUCUCCAUUGAAGUGCUUUUUAGUCAAGGUUGAAGGUGUAGGCUUAAUUUGCAUCCAGGAAAAUGGCCCAUGAAGUAGACAUGUUAUAGACUGUAUUGUAGUCUCUCCAGUUCACACCAUGCUGCUGGUGAUGCUAUCUGGUUGACAGGUCUCUAAUAUCUCCCAGGACAGCAGUCAGCCGAGCCCGAGGAGCAGGCCACUCCAGACCCACAGUCAGUCUCAUCCUGCCCUCCGCUGGCCUUCAAAGUGGUGGACUCAUACGGAGAAUGGACCUCGCUGUGGGAGAGCCAGUUCAGAGCACUCAACAUCCCUCACCUCCGCUCACACACCCUGGUGCACACAGACCCACUCAAUAAGGUGAUGGUCCCUGCAGUAGGGUCGAAUGAACGGUUCCUUCUGGACAACGCGGGUUGUGGGGUCAAGUCAGUUUUCAAUCCAGUCAAUUCAGGAAGUGUACUUGUUUUUGCUUAUAAUCCCUUUGUGUUGGUUUCCCCCAGAGGGCUUUGCAGGAGUUUGUCCUGGAGAACGAUCGGACAGCGGAGCUACACUGCCUCCCUGACCACACCUUAAUUCUGGAUGAGAACGCCUUCUUCAACGACAUGCGCCUGGGCAAGAAGGACAGGAGGAGACUGAGCAGCAACAGAGGCCUGCAGAAGAGCCUGUACUUUAGCCUGCCAGGCACCAGGCUCAGUGUGGACUUCUUCAGACAGCAGGUCGGAGAUGGAGAUGCACGCUGGCCGUGGCUUGAGUUGAGUUGAAGUGAAAAGGCACCAUACCAUGGUUGGGGUGAAUUCCAUUUCAAUUCAGUCAAUUCAGGAAGAAAACUGAAAUUCCAAUUGGAAUUUAAAUGGAAUUGACCCCAACCCAGCACUAUACUAAAUAUCCUACAUUAGUCCCUCCACUACACCAGAGUGUGCAAUAACAGUGAUGCUUCUCUGUGUGACACAAAUAGAACUUGGGCCUUAACUGGGAGUGGCCAACAAACCCUCCUCCUGGACAGCUACUGGGUUUUGUUCCAGACCUGCACUAAUACACUUGAUUACUACUAAUGAUUGUGAAUGUGAGUGUUACGGUGAAUGCUUGCUACAUUGUAGGACUCAUAUAGUUGUUCAUUAAAAUCUAUGAACUUGUGAUAUAUCAUGUAAUAUGUGUGUGCAUAUACUCUAUUAGUGUAAAAGCCAUCAACACAAAUCCCCCUGAACAAAAUAACUAUACAACGACAAUACUCAAUCCAGGUGGACAAAUAUGGCCUGGACAGUGUCCUGACAAAGGGCACAGUGGACAGACUGACCCCUGUGAUGUCUGAAGGAAUUGUGACGUCAUUCAGGGUGUUCCUUCAGAAUGGGGACGUCCUCGAGGCGCAGCGGGUAGUCAUGGCGACCGGGCCGACCCGUGCCCAUAUGGCCAACAUUCCUUCCUGGGUGUCGUCCAUAGCGGAGAGCUACCCUGAGGAACGCCUGCAGCACACUGUGCAGCUCAUGCACCACCACCCCGCCUCACGGUCAGCACGGCAACAGGAACCAGGAAGCCAGAACCAGGAACAGGAAGAGAGUUCUUCUUCUCUCUCAUCAGGUAGGUUGAGAUGAGUAUCCUCUGGUAUUGAAAGCUAUAGAAGUAACACAUCUGUUUAGAUGGACCAUAAGUCUCCAGAUGAUACUGUACCCUAAUGCCCUCUCCUGGUGUAGAGGUGACAUUACAUGACACUGUACUAUAAUGCCCUCUCCUGGUGUAGAGGUGACAUUACAUGACACUGUACCAUAAUGCACCUGGUGUAGAGGUGACAGUACAUUACAUUUACAUUUUACAUUUUAGUCAUUUAGCAGACGCUCUUAUCCAGAGCGACUUACAGUUAGCACAUACAUUAUUUUAUCGAACCCACAACCCUGGCGUUGCAAACGCCAUGCUCUACCAACUGAGCUACAUCCCCUGCCGGCCAUUACCUGCUGUCAAGCCAAACGCUGCAAUACUAUAAUAUCACACUGACUAGACAUCUGUUUGAGUGAUCAUAUGUACAAAUUCACUUAUUUACUUAGUACUUAUUUGUGUUGGGCGAUCUUUUUCUGGAUUCACUAACUCUGUCUCCAUCUAGCAGGACCCUGCAUGGUGUCACUAACUAUGUCUCCAUCUAGCAGGACCCUGCAUGGUGUCACUAACUCUGUCUCCAUCUAGCAGGUCUCUGCAUGGUGUCACUAACUCUGUCUCCAUCCAGCAGGACCUUGCAUGGUGUCACUAACUCUGUCUCCAUCUAGCAGGUCCCUGCAUGGUGUCACUAACUCUGUCUCCAUCUAGCAGGUCCCUGCAUGGUGUCACUAACUCUGUCUCCAUCCAGCAGGACCCUGCAUGGUGUCACUAACUCUGUCUCCAUCUAGCAGGACCCUGCAUGGUGUCACUAACUCUGUCUCCAUCUAGCAGGACCCUGCAUGGUGUCACUAACUCUGUCUCCAUCCAGCAGGUCCCUGCAUGGUGUCACUAACUCUGACUCCAUCUAGCAGGACCCUGCAUGGUGUCACUAACUCUGUCUCCAUCUAGCAGGACCCUGCAUGGUGUCACUAACUCUGUCUCCAUCUAGCAGGUUCCUAUGUGGUGUGUGAGCCUGGCCAGAGGGUGGUGGUGGUUGGUGGAGGCCUGACCAGCGCUCACAUCAUCUCCAUCGCUCUGCAGCAAGGAGCCAGUCAUGUGACCUGGGUGAUGCGCAAACACUUACAGGUCUGUUUCUGUUUAGCUCUAUGGUCAUGGCCCAAUUAUCUUUCCUUCCUCCCGAAGUGGAAACUUGAUCGUUCUGGAAAUUCUCACAUAGAAACUUCAUUGGGAGGAUCAAGGAUGUUUGACAUGCUUUUUACACAAACCAUUGUUUUGAAAAUCAUGAUGAAAGUGGCCAUUUUAGGCCCUUCUUAGACCUAUACAUGCCUCCUGUAAGACCUUAUGAUCUGUGAACGUACAUGAUACAGACUCUAUGAUCUGUGAACGUACAUGAUACAGACUCUAUGAUCUGUGAACGUACAUGAUACAGACUCUAUGAUCUGUGAACGUACAUGAUACAGACCCUAUGAUCUGUGAACGUACAUGAUACAGACGACAUCUUGGUGCCAUUAUACUCUUACAGUGUGCUCUAAAAUAUGGAGUAUGGCAAUAUUGUGCAAAACCUUUUUACACAUGAAUUUAUUCAACAUUAAAACGAAUAUUAUUAAUAUCUCAAAAGUACCCUUUUUGAUUUGGUUCAUUUUAAGACAUAUUGUUUUAAACAAUAUACUCUUCAAACACAUCCCAUUUCCAGACAGGGCUCUCAGAGUAAGUUUGCUAACAUAUUCCUUUGUGCAUUACAGUGAUCUACAGUAGGGGGAAACUAAGGCUGCACUAUCAGUCUGAACACACCAUUCAGUGAGAUUGGCUCAUAUUCACAGAAAUUACCUGGGAAAAAAUGUGAAAAUAAGUUGUUGAUGUGCCAGUUGGAGACACGUCCACACGUCCACACAACGCCUUUAGUAAAGGGUAACAUGCAUUCCUAGCUCCCCAGCUUGUAUGUAGCGCUACCACAGUCACUCACAAGUCUAGCAGAUCUUCAGCAUCAAUGUCUCCAGCAGGUCUUCUCUUAUACUGUGGCGGCUCGAAUGCAAACAACUGCAACAUGCAGGAUGCCACAACAACACUACCUCACUUUCUUUCCUCUUUUUAUAACAGUCAUUUCUAUUCAUUUAAGCCACUCCUUUUUCCACUAGACUUUUAUAGCUAGUGGUUGACCUAGAGAAACUCAGGAAGUGGUGUAUCUAGCUUGAACAGGAUGCGGUGUGCACAGAUAUCCAGCACAACCCCACAUACAGUUGAAGUCGGAAGUUUACAUACACUUAGGUUGGAGUCAUUAAAACUUGUUUUUCAACCACUCCACAAAUUUCUUGUUAACAAACUAUAGUUUUGGCAAGUCGGUUAGGACAUCUACUUUGUGCAUGACACAAGUAAUUUUUCCAACAAUUGUUUACAGACAGAUUAUUUCACUUAUAAUUCACUGUAUCACAAUUCCAGUGGGUCAGAAGUUUACAUACACUAAGUUGACUGUGCCUUUAAACAGUUUGGAAAAUUCCAGGAAAUGAUGUCAUGACUUUAGAAGCUUCUGAUAGGCUAAUUGACAUCAUUUGACACCUGUGGAUGUAUUUAAACGCCUACCUUCAAACUCAGUGCCUCUAUGCUUGACAUCAUGGGAAAAUGAAAAGAAAUCAGCCAAGACCUCAGAAAAUAAAUUGUAGACCCUCCACUAGUUUGGUUCCAUCCUGGGAGCAAUUUCCGAAUGUCAAAAUAGUGCAAAUAACACACUCCACGCAAGCAACUAGGAAGAGGACUUUGUCCCUGAGAGAAUUUUGGUGGAAAGCAAUCUCCCAGACAAAGCAAAGGACUGAGUGCUGGAGGAAACAGGUACAAAAGUAUCUAUAUUCACAGUAAAACGAGUCCUAUAUCGACAUAACCUGAAAGGCCGCUCAGUAAGGAAGAAGCCACUGCUCCAAAACCGCCAUAAAAAACCCAGACUACGGUUUGCAACUGCACAUGGGGACAAAGAUCGUACUCUUUGGAGAAAUGUCCUCUGGUCUGAUGAAACAAAAAUAGAACUGUUUGGCUAUAAUGACCAUCGUUAUGUUUGGAGGAAAAAGGGGGUGCUUGCAAGCCGAAGAACACCAUCCCAAACGUGAAGCACGGGGUGGCAGCAUCAUGGUGUGGGAGUGCUUUGCUGCAGGAGGGACUGGUGCACUUCACAAAAUAGAUGGCAUCAUGAGGAAGGAAAAUGAUGUGGAUAUAUUGAAGCAACAUCUCAAGACAUCAGUCAGGAAGUUAAAGCUUGGUCGCAAAUGGGUCUUCCAAAUGGACAAUGACCCCAAGCAUACUUCCAAAGUUGUAGCAAAAUGGCUUAAGGACAACAUAGUCAAGGUAUUGGAGUGGCCAUCACAAAGCCCUGACCUCAAUCCUAUAGAACAUUUGUGGGCAGAACUGAAAAAGCGUGUGCGAGCAAGGAGGCCUACAAACCUGACUCAGUUACACCAGCUCUGUCAGGAGGAAAAGGCCAACAUUCACCCAACUUAUUGUGGGAAGCUUGUGGAAGGCUACCCAAAACGUUUUACCCAAGUUAAACAAUUUAAAGGCAAUGCUACCAAAUACUAAUUGAGUGUAUGUAAACUUCUGACCCACUGGGAAUGUGAUGAAAGAAAUAAAAGCUGAAAUAAAUAAUUCUCUCUACUAUUAUUCUGACAUUUCACAUUUUUAAAAUAAAGUUGUGAUCCUAACUGACCUAAAACAGGGGAAUUUUUACUAGGAUUAAAUGUCAGGAAUUGUGAAAAACUGAGUUUAAAUGUAUUUGGCUAAGGUGUAUGUAAACUUCCGACUUCAACUAUACAUGUCUCUCUUCUUCAGCCUCACCAGGGGUACAGAAAGAAAAAGAUGAUAAUAAUUGAUAGGAUUUUUUCAAUAGUACUUUUCCAGUGCUCAAAGCGCUUUACAUAGUAACGGGGUAACUCACCUCUUCCACCACCAAUGUGUAGCACCCUAGGGAUGACGCCACCUCACCAUCUCUCCGUCCUCAUCUGUUGAACUGUCAGAUGGGCAGAGGAUCCCCCUCCAGCACUAGCCCUCUCUACCUGUGUGUGUUCCCAUUCCCAGCUGACGCAGUUUGACAUUAUAGACAGAUUAGACAACCAUGCUCUCCAGCGUCAAACAAGUGGUGGACCCCUUAGGAAGUGGUGCAUCACCAGGGAUACAGAAAGAUAAAGAUGAUGAUGAUGAUUAUGAUGAUGAUUAUGAUGGUGAUUAUGGUGAUGAUGAUGAUUAUGAUGGUGAUUAUGGUGAUGAUGGUGGUGGUGGUGGUGAUGAUGGUGGUGGUGGUGAUGGUGGUGGUGGUGGUGAUGAAGAUGGUGGUGAUGAUGGUGGUAAUGAUGGUGGUGAUGAUCAUGAUGGUAAUGAUGGUGGUGGUGGUGAUGAUGGUGGUGGUGGAAAUAGCUGAAAUAGUUUGAUGUUAAGAGUCUGUUAUAGUCAGAGUAGUUGACCAUGAUCUCCAACACCAAGCCCCUCUGCCUCGGUCCUCUCCCCCAGCUGAAGCAGUUUGAUGUGGGGGACGUGGAAAGCCUGGUGGGGCGUUACUCCCAUGUGGAGCAUGGUAUCAAGAUGGACGGCCUGGCCUACCUGCGUCAGUUCUACAACGAGAGCAGCCUGCAUAGGAGACUGGCCAUGAUCAGACAGGCCAGGAAGGGAGGGGCAGUUACACCUGAGGCCUACGCAGCUCUGCAGCCCUACAUCCAGACUGGACAGCUGGCUGUCCGAGCAUACUGCCAGGUACAAAAAUAAUUAUAAUAUUGUAAUACUACUAGUCCGAAUAAUACUGCUAGGUAAAUAGAUAUAAAUAAUAUUAAUACUACUGCGACCCCCAGGCACACACAACCCCUGUCCACCCUUUCUACUGCUAUUGCCCCCCCCCCCCCCACCUUCAGUUUGAACAUUAAAAAAAAAACAUAGAGCCAAGGUUUUCAGGUGAACGGUGGUUAUGAAUUCAUGACCUGUUGUGUUCUACAGGUGACUGAAGCUAAGUGGUGCUAUGAAAGCCAGGUGUGGAGACUGUCGCUGUGUGGACAGAAUGGCUGUGAGUCCUGGACUGGGGACAGGAUAUGGCUGGCUACAGGAUGUAAACUGGACGUCAAUCAAGACCCUAUGCUCUCUUCGGUCAUCAAGGAAUUCCCUAUUCAGGUGUGCUGCUAUCAUAUCAUAUCUCAACCUCUGCAAGGAUCUUUUAUGUAUCUUUAAUAUAAUCAGUGUCCACAAAAUUACUAUACUACUACACUAUACUAAUAUACUAUACUACACUACAAUACUACUAUACUAGUAUACUAGUAUACUACUAUACUAUAGGAUUCUACUAUACUACUGUAUUAUGGGCUACGACUAUACUAUAUUAUACUACUAUCCUACAGUUACCUGCACUCAAUCCAAGUCUAAUUACAACCUGUCUCACCUGUAGGUCCUGGAUGGCUGGCCUUGUAUAUCUGAGAGCUUGCAGUGGGCUCCAGGCUGUCCUCUGUACCUGAUGGGACAGUACGCAGCACUUCAGGUAUUUUUUGCUAAUCACACAAUGAAAACAUUUUGUAGAAAAUUAUAGAAUGGAACGUCAGAGGGAGAAUAUUUCAUUCACAUGGCAGGGAAUUUGUCAAAGAAUUGACAGACACAUCUAAAGAAAAAAGCCCAUAAGGAUUCAAAUAAAAGUCGCUCUUCUGGGUUUGGAGUGGUGGGAUAACCCAAUGUGUUGGCAAAAACGCAGGAGAGGAGGGAUAGCCUUUUGAUAUGUUUAUAAACUUUUAUUUUCUUUAUAGGCCCUGAAAUAUAGACUGCAAAUACCUACUAAACAUGUCUGUAAAGGGCGUAGGCCUACGUGAGAAUCUCUUUUCUAGGGUACUUGGUGUGCCUAUUAUCAAUGUCCACAGUCGAUCGAGUCAGUUGGUUAUGUGUAGCCCACUCUUGACUACUGUCAAGUCAGUGUGACUCAGUCAGUUGGUUUGACUACUGUACAGUCAGUGUGACUCAGUCAGUUGGUUUGACUACUGUACAGUCAGUGUGACUCAGUCAGUUGGUUUGACUACUGUACAGUCAGUGUGACUCAGUCAGUUGGUUUGACUACUGUACAGUCAGUGUGACUCAGUCAGUUGGUUUGACUACUGUACAGUCAGUGUGACUCAGUCAGUUGGUUUGACUACUGUACAGUCAGUGUGACUCAGUCAGUUGGUUUGACUACUGUACAGUCAGUGUGACUCAGUCAGUUGGUUUGACUACUGUACAGUCAGUGUGACUCAGUCAGUUGGUUUUGACUACUGUACAGUCAGUGUGACUCAGUCAGUUGGUUUGACUACUGUACAGUCAGUGUGACUCAGUCAGUUGGUUUGACUACUGUACAGUCAGUGUGACUCAGUCAGUUGGUUUGACUACUGUACAGUCAGUGUGACUCAGCUGUAUUCUCGUCUUUGUUAUCACGAACAGGUUGGUCCGCACGCGCUGAAUCUGGCAGGAGGACAGGCGGCAAGCGCGCGCAUCGCGAAGGACAUUGUAUCCCAGCACAGCCAGAGUGGAGACGAAGGGACAGGGACACAAACCACCGUGGAGAGAACACAGACCGAAGAUUAUAUUCAACAGAUGCACGGGCUGAUGUGGUUAUGAUUAAAGGGAGAUUUACGCAGCGAUAGAUCAUGGAUUCAGCUGCCUCCCCCCUCUUUUCUUUCUUCAAACGAAUCCCUCGCGGUUAAGCCACGCCCUUCAUGUCCGUACCUGCGCGACAGGGGCGGGGCUGGCAACCACGAAAACAAAUGACUGCGCUUGGAAGAUGAUAGCCUUGUAAUUCUGUUGUUGCCUACACACUUGGAGGAUUUGAUAGCCUACAUUACAUGCUUGUCUGAUUGUAGUUGUUAUUCGGAGUAAAUUAGUCUCGUUGACUCCACAUCCAACUUCUGCCAGGUUAGUGACAUUAAAGUUUCAUGUAUCGGACUAAAGUUUUCCUUCACCAUGGAGUGGAGUUUAGUCCGCUAAACUUCAUGUAUCCUAUCUAGAGACCGAUGCUGGUAUUGUUCUGUCAUGUUGUCUUUUUACUCCAUAUUAUCCCAAUAAAGGGAUUAGCAAAAUAAGCAAUAUUGUAACAUCUAAUAACACUCGUUAUGGUGUUUGGUAUUGACGUGGUGUUUGGGUAUUGACAUUGAACAAUAAUGGUGGGUAUUUGAAGGUUUAGGCUAUAUUCAAUGCAGUUAUUUUUCCCUUAUUCUUCAGUAUUUCUGUUCAAGGUGUACCAUAAUAAAUAAGGUACUACUGGGUAAUAACCCUAUCCUCUACAAUGAGGAUAAGAAGAGUUGUGAAGACAGUUUUGAGUGUGGAGCAGGCAGAAGGUAUGGGAGCCCGUGUCCGCAGGAGUAUAGGAAGAAAGGAGGUAAGUUACAUCUGCUUAGUUUAGCAUGUUUAAUAAUAUCGUCCUAUUACAAUACCGAACUAAACCACUUAUUAUGACAUGGUAGGUUGAUAUCUUGUCCAUCCAUUUAUUUCAGCUGAAGAACCUGGAUCCUUUCUUGAUGUUGGAUGAGUUCAAAGUCGCAAAGCCUGCUGGCUUCCCUGAUCACCCUCACAGAGGAUUUGAGACCGUGAGUAGGCUAUCUGUUCUCUCUCUCUCGCUCUCUUGCUCUCUCUCUCUCUCUGUCUGUUUAGCUAGCGUGAUGCAGCAUCUAUUGUCUCUUUCUCUGUCUAGAGUGAUACAGUGUUGUGUUCUGACUAAUCCCCUGGCAGAUUGGACCGUCAUGUGGAAUAACAGGUUCAUAUGAGGCCGUUGAGGGAGGGUGAGGCACAUACACCAUUAAUGAUGAGGGAGGGUGAGGCACAUACACCAUUAAUGAUGAGGGAGGGUGAGACACAUACACCAUUAAUGAUGAGGGAGGGUGAGGCACAUACGCCAUUAAUGCACUUCCUGCUAACGCCAGUAGAUGGCACUAACAGACCUACUGUACUGUAUGCCUCGUCCAGAAAAAGCUUCUCAAUAGGUUUGUUAUACAUAGCAUUAACAUGCUUUUGGAUAUUGGGUUUUAAUGAAAACCAAUUACACAUAUUUAGACAAAGAGGGGAGGAAGGAAAUUAUGCUUCUGCUUUUUAAGUGGUGUUGGUGAAUCAUGGUUUCCUCAACCAUAAAGCCACUGGCCCACAGUGGGAAUUUAUAGAGCCAAAACAAGUGGUUUUAAUAGAAAAGUCUUGGCCUGUGUUUGAUACUGUAGAUGCAUGUGUAACCUAGCCUAGUGUCCACCAUGGCCCAGACCAGAUGAGGCCAUAGGCCCAGCUGAUACUGUAGAUGUGUAGUUUAGUGUCCAACUGGCCGCGGACUGGACCAGACCUGACGGGGGCGUGGCUGAAGCGCCCAUGGCCCAGCAUGCCGUGCAGCAGGUGUGUUGGCUCACGGUCACAUCUCAGAGCUCAUAGCCACGUGCGCUGCCAGAUCACAGAGAGAGGCUCUCUCCCCCUCGGCUGGAGGUUGGGAAGCCUCGCUGAGAGACAGAUGUUUACCUCUAACCUCUAUAGCUUUCUGCUUCCUGUCCGGUUUGAUGUGGGAGUGGAAUGGACACAGAGUGAACACGUGCUCUUGUCCUGUAGUGGCCAGCUAGUGCCUUGUAGACUCUUGUCUGUCCUGCUUGACGAACACUGCAUUACACACACACACACACACACACACACACACACACACAGUACAUAUUUCAUCUGUUCGACUUACAUGAGGAAAAAUAUGAAAUAACUUCUUUACCAUACCAUGUUUUCCAGUCUUCCAAGCUUUAUGGAGUGAUUUCCGAGGAGAUUCCCUUCUGAAACCAUUAAUGUUUACAACUGAGAAUCAUUCAUCUCUUUCCUAACCUCAACCUCAAUUGGCAAAGACUUAGAGAAAGUUGUUUUCCAUUGGUUGGUAUUCACAGUUAAUGUUGUGUUUUGCCUCUCAACUCUUAUAUUACAGUUUUUUCCAACUGCUUACACACAAAAUAUUUUCAUGUCACACGAUUUUUGAAACUGUCACGAUCGUUUACGGAAGAUACGGACCAAGGCGCAGCGUGAUAAGCGUACAUUUUAUUAAGUACUUAACUCACGACAAAACAACAAACAAACGAAACGUGAAGUCCUAGGUUACACAAAACAAACCUUAACGGAACAAGAUCCCACACGACUAGUGCCAAACAGGCUGCCUAAGUAUGGUCCCCAAUCAGAGACAACGAGAUACAGCUGCCUCUGAUUGGGAACCACCCUGGCCAACAUAGAUCAACACGAUCUAGAAAACACAACAUAUAAAAUAUGACAUAGAAACUCCACACCCUGGCUCAACAUUUAAGAGUCCCCAGAGCCAGGGCGUGACAGAAACCUCUCACUCAAAGUGAAAAACUACAAACCAAAUCUCCAAAAUCAUUAGCUAUUUCUCAGUCUUUGACUCAGUUGUCAAUUGCAUAAAACACUUUUUUCAAAACACUACACACAAUUCUCUACCUAAAACACAAAAAUCUAACAGGAAGUGACUUUCCUUUUCCAAACACAUCCAAUCAAAAUGCUACACUUAUUCACCAGGUCACACACACACUCCUCACAUGUGCCAAUCACUGCUUUACUGUAGUAUAGGCCUAUAAAUAGGUCAAAGGUCAGAUUACCUGUUUUGAACAAUGGAUGCCAACAAUGGACAGAGAGCAAGAGGAGUAGGAGGGAGAGGCAGGAGACAACAACGAGGACAAAUUCAAAGACGAAGAGUUGGAAGAGGAGGAGGAGGAGUAGAAGGAAGAGGAAGAAGAGGACGAGGGCAAAGAAGAGAAGGAAGGAGAGCCAUCUCUGAUGAGAUUAGAGCAACACUUGUUGAUCAUGUGAUCAACCACGGUUUGACCAUGAGAGAGGCUGGACUGAGAGUCCAGCCCAACUUGAGUCGAUUUACAGUGGCGUCCAUAAUUCGAACCUUCAGAAAUGAGAACAGGUAUGCAACUAUCUAAUUACUAUUUUAGCAUUACAGUAAUGUACUGUAAAAUACUUAUGACUGCAUAGUAUUGCAUAAACAUUUGUAACUCUAAGCCAUCCAGUUACUGCACUGCAUUGAAUGAAUGAGGUUGGUUAUCAUGCUGUACUAAAUUUUUUUGUACAUUGUUUAAAAUCAAAUCAAAUCAAAUUGUAUUGGUCACAUGCGCCGAAUACAACAGGUGCAGACAUUACAGUGAAAUGCUUACUUACAGCCCUUAACCAACAGUGCAUUUAUUUUUAACAAAAAAAGUACAAAUAAAACAACAACAAAAAAAGUGUUGAGAAAAAAAAGAGCAGAAGUAAAAUAAAGUAACAGUAGGGAGGCUAUAUAUACAGGGGGGUACCGUUGCAGAGUCAAUGUGCGGGGGCACCGGCUAGUUGAGGUAGUUGAGGUAAUAUGUACAUGUGGGUAGAGUUAAAGUGACUAUGCAUAAAUAAUUAACAGAGUAGCAGCAGCGUAAAAAGGAUGGGGUGGGGGGGCAGUGCAAAUAGUCCGGGUAGCCAUGAUUAGCUGUUCAGGAGUCUUAUGGCUUGGGGGUAGAAGCUGUUGAGAAGUCUUUUGGACCUAGACUUGGCACUCCGGUACCGCUUGCCGUGCGGUAGCAGAGAGAACAGUCUAUGACUAGGGUGGCUGGAGUCUUUGACAAUUUUGAGGGCCUUCAUCUGACACCGCCUGGUGUAGAGGUCCUGGAUGGCAGGAAGCUUGGCCCCAGUGAUGUACUGGGCCGUACGCACUACCCUCUGUAGUGCCUUGCGGUCAGAGGCCAAGCAGUUGCCAUACCAGGCGGUGAUGCAACCAGUCAGGAUGCUCUCGAUGGUGCAGUUUACAGUUCCUAUGCUGAACACAUACUGUGUUUGAAUUCUGUACAGAGUGGAAAGGCAAAGACAUCAUGGAGGACGAGGACGCUUGUUUACAGAUGUACAAGAGACUGCAAUUAUAAGUAUGGUUUUGGCCAACAAUGCAAUUAGGAUUCGAAAGAUAAGAGAGCCUAUCUUGAAUAAUGACACCAUAUUUCCAGUACUUCAGACAUACCAUAUUUACUCAUCUGUAUAUCCUUUUGUCUGUUACAGAGAGUAUUGGAGAUGGAUGCCCAUGUAAUUCGCCAUUAAUUUAUUUAUGUGGAUGAGGUUGGCUUCAACCUCACCAAAACCAGGCGACGCGGAAGAAAUGUAAUAGGACAGAGGGCAAUUACCAAUGUCCCUGGACAGCGUGGGGGUAAUAUAACUAUGUGUGCUGCCAUCACUCAAAACGGGGUCCUCCAUCACAAUGCCACACUGGGUCCGUACAACACCGGCCAUAUGCUCACUUUUCUGGAUGCAAUUUACUCAAUGCUUCUCCCUGAUCCAGAUCAGGAGCCUGCUAGAUUUGUGGUUAUAUGGGACAAUGUUAUUUUUCCCCGGGCUGUUCUGGUCCAAAACUGGUUGGCCCCCCCCCCCCCCCCCCCCCCCCUGUUCUUUACUGUAUUCUAAAUAAUAUACUUUUGGUUUACAUAUGUUUAUGGUUUUGUUGUAUGCUACUGUAUACAACAGUAAUGUUUGGCCUAAUAAAUAUUUUCUGUUUCUACAUUGCAUUGGUAUUUACAGUGUACUUGUUACCCCUCUCAGCAGAUUACUUUCGCUGUAGAACAUUGUAUUGAAAUGUAGAUAUAAGCCUAUGAAAGACCAAAGAGCUUUAGAUUUAGAACAACAGUGUUUACAUGGUAUAUCCAAAAAUGUACUAUUAUGAAAUAAGUGUUUGCCAUUUGAUGCAAAUGCUUCAUUCUGACAUGUGUCUAUGGCAUUUUGAAUGCAGUGUUACAUUUUGAAGGAGAUGUGAGGCAUUUUUGCAUUUUGUGUGUGCAGUUUUGGGAAUUGUGUGUAGAGUUUUGAAAAAAGGAGACAUCGUUUUGAAAACGUGUGUAAGCAGUUGGAUUUGCAUAUGGGUUUGUGAACAUAUUCUGAUCUAUUUUGCCUUUGUUUAGGUGACGUACCUUUUGAAAGGCGUUUCGGCCCAUGAGGAUUUCUGUGGCCACUCUGGACUACUGAAACCAGGGGAUUUACAGGUAGAGAAACAUAUUGUGACACACACAGUACUGUAUGUAGGUUCCUACACUUCCCCACACUCCCACCAGAACUAAUGAAGGAUCGUGCCUUCAGGGCAUUUCCUGUGUUUCCCCAUGCAGCAGUCGUAAAGCAGUUUUCCCUGGUUGUCCCUGGUUAGUAAGUCAGCAACAACCAGGGAGUGGGUUUAAUAGGCAUUAAAUAGACACUAAUGCCACUGGCAUUAAACAAAGCAUGUGUGUCCAGGUAUGCUGAUGAGUCAACCAUAUACGCAUCAGCAACCACAGCUAAUGAAGUCACUGAAACCCAGUAAUAAACUGGCCCUGAACAUCUCUAAAACUAAUAGCAUUGUAUUUGGUACAAAUCAUUCCUUAAGUUAUAGACCUCAGCUGAAUCUGGUAAUGAAUGGUGUGGUUGUUGAACAAGUUGAGGAGACUAAAUUAUGUCAUGUUUCAUGUUCUGUGUGUACCCCAGGAAGAGUAGCUGCUUCUUUCGCAAAAGCUAAUGGGGAUCCUAAUAAAAUACCAAAAUACCAAGUAUCUUGUAGUCAUCCGUGUGUUUGUGUGUGUGUGUGUGUGUGUGUGUGUGUGUGUUUGUGUGUGUGUGUGUGUGUGUGUGUGUGUGUGUGUGGAGUGGAGUGGUAGUUACUAACCUGGGGCGGAUGGGUUUCCUCACAGUGGAACAGGAGAGGAAAGCUGCUGACGAAGCUUUAAGUGUUAUUGCUCAAUUAGCUUCCCACAGCAACGCUGCAUCACUCUCAUGGCACUGUAAAGUUGCAUCAGAAAUGGUCCCCUAUUCCCUAUGUAGUGCACUACUUUUGACUAAAACCCCUAUUCCCUGAGCCCUUAUACUCUAGACCAGGGGUACUCAACUCUGACCCUACGAGGUCCGGAGCCUGCUGGUCUUCUGUUUUACCUUGUAAUUCAUUGCACACACCUGGUGUCCCAGGUCUAAAUCAGUCCCUGAUCAGAGGGGAACAAUGAAAACAUGCAGUGGAACUGGCUUAGAGGUCCCAGCGUUGAGUUUGAGGGCACUAGACCCUAGUUAGUGCACUACUUAGCCCCGAGACCAAAAGUAGUAGCACCCAUUUAGAACACAACCUCUUGUUUUGAUGUUAGUGGAGCUUUGAGAAGACUAAUGGACAUCCAGUAGGUGCAUAUCACAGGAGUGGGGAAGGAAAGAUGUAAAUGUCCAGUUCAUUUCCUCCUGUUAUAAAGCAUGAAUCACUACCUGGAAACCAGUUAGCUCCAGUAUCAAGUCCACAUGGGUGGUUUAUUAUGGAAAUCAUAUCAGACAUCAUUGAUUUCAUAUAUAUUAUACAGUACAAUCCUCUUUUAUGUGGUUAGUAACUGUGUGUUUUGUGUGUGUGUGUGUGUGUGUGUGUGUAUGUACAUGUGUGUGUAUAUGCCUCUCUGUAUCUCUGUGUGUGUGUGUGUGUGUGUGUGUUUAUGUGUGCGUCUCUGUGUGUCUCUGUGUGUCUGUGUCCAUGUCUCAUCAUCAGUGGAUGACGGCAGGCCGGGGGGUGGUCCAUGCUGAGAUGCCUGUGUCUGAGGAGCCCGUCCAGGGCCUGCAGCUGUGGGUCAACCUGAGGAGGGAGGACAAGAUGGUGGAGCCCCAGUACCAGGAGCUGAAGGACAGCCAGGUCCCCAAGCCCAGCAGGGAGGGGGUCACUGUGGCCGUCAUCUCUGGACAGGCCCUGGGGGUACAGGUGAGGAGCACCGUACUAACCAUAACCAUAACCCUGGGGGUACAGGUUUGGAGCACCAUACUAACCAUAACCCUGGGGGUACAGGUGAGGAGCACCAUACUAACCAUAACCCGGGGGGGUACAGGUGAGGAGCACCAUACUAACCAUAACCUGGGGGGUACAGGUGAGGAGCACCGUACUAACCAUAACCCUGGGGAUACAGGUGAGGAGCACCAUACCAACCAUAACCCUGGGGGUACAGGUGAGGAGCACCAUACUAACCAUAACCCUGGGGGUACAGGUGAGGAGCACCAUACUAACCAUAACCCUGGGGGUACAGGUGAGGAGCACCAUACUAACCAUAACCCGGGGGGGGUACAGGUGAGGAGCACCAUACUAACCAUAACCUGGGGGGUACAGGUGAGGAGCACCAUACUAACCAUAACCCUGGGGGUACAGGUGAGGAGCACCAUACUAACCAUAACCAUAACCCUGGGGGUACAGGUGAGGAGCACCAUACUAACCAUAACCAUAACCCGGGGAGUGGUAGUGGGCUUGGCCAAUGGUGCGGUUUUAGAGGCCCUCUUCUUGGCCGCAGAGACAAAGUGCUGCUGUUUUAAAGCAAGUUUCCUGCAUUUCAACAGAUCAGGCUGCUAGGUGUUAAAAUAGGAAGUGUGAAAGGUAACACCAACGGAUCAGGCUGCUAGGUGUUAAAAUAGGAAGUGUGAAAGGUAACACCAACGGAUCAGGCUGCUAGUUGUUAAAAGAGGAAGUGUGAAAGGUAACACCAACGGAUCAGGCUGCUAGGUGUUAAAAGAGGAAGUGUGAAAGGUAACACCAACGGAUCAGGCUGCUAGGUGUUAAAAUAGGAAGUGUGAAAGGUAACACCAACGGAUCAGGCUGCUAGGUGUUAAAAUAGGAAGUGUGAAAGGUAACACCAACGGAUCAGGCUGCUAGGUGUUAAAAUAGGAAGUGUGAAAGGUAACACCAACGGAUCAGGCUGCUAGGUGUUAAAAUAGGAAGUGUGAAAGGUAACACCAACGGAUCAGGCUGCUAGGUGUUAAAAUAGGAAGUGUGAAAGGUAACACCAACGGAUCAGGCUGCUAGGUGUUAAAAUAGGAAGUGUGAAAGGUAACACCAACGGAUCAGGCUGCUAGGUGUUAAAAUAGGAAGUGUGAAAGGUAACACCAACGGAUCAGGCUGCUAGGUGUUAAAAAGGAAGUGUGAAAGGUAACACCAACGGACAGGCUGCUAGGUGUUAAAAGAGGAAGUGUGAAAGGUAACACCAACGGAUCAGGCUGCUAGGUGUUAAAAGAGGAAGUGUGAAAGGUAACACCAACGGAUCAGGCUGCUAGGUGUUAAAAUAGGAAGUGUGAAAGGUAACACCAACGGAUCAGGCUGCUAGGUGUUAAAAUAGGAAGUGUGAAAGGUAACACCAACGGAUCAGGCUGCUAGGUGUUAAAAGAGGAAGUGUGAAAGGUAACACCAACGGAUCAGGCUGCUAGGUGUUAAAAGAGGAAGUGUGAAAGGUAACACCAAGGAUCAGGCUGCUAGGUGUUAAAAGAGGAAGUGUGAAAGGUAACACCAACGGAUCAGGCUGCUAGGUGUUAAAAGAGGAAGUGUGAAAGUAACACCAAGGAUCAGGCUGCUAGGUGUAAUAAAAAGAAGCCUAGUGAAAAGGUGUAACACCAAGGAUCAGGCUGCUAGGUGUUAAAAGAGGAAGUGUGAAAGGUAACACCAACGGAUCAGCUGCUAGUGUUUAAAAUAGAAGUGUGAAAGGUAACAAACCCAACGGAUCAGGCUGCUAGUGUUAAAGAGGAAGUGUUGAAAGGUAACCACCAAGGAUUCAGGCUGCUAGGUGUUAAAAGAGGAAGUGUGAAAGGUAACACCAACGAUCAGGCUGCUAGGUGUUAAAAGAGGAAGUGUGAAAGGUAACACCAACGGAUCAGGCUGCUAGGUGUUAAAAUAGGAAGUGUGAAAGGUAACACCAACGGAUCAGGCUGCUAGGUGCCUGUCUCGCAGAAUUUGCAGACAGGGUAUAUAGACGAAGAAUUUAUACAAAUAACAUACAGCAAUAAAUAGUGUUCUGUUUGUAACACUCCAUGCCCAUGAGAUAACUCAGUGAGUGGGGUGCUGCCUGGAAUGUUGGGGUCAAUGAAACUCAGAAAUACUAUAAAUGUCUUGUCCUUUUUUUGUCCAGUCAAAAAUCUUCACCAGGACUCCAACAUUGUUCCUGGACUUCAAGCUGGAUGGAGGUGCCAAGCAUGUACAACCAGUUCCUUCAGGUAAGAACCAUCUUUACUGAAUAGGCCUUCUGCGGCUCUGGUCCAGGGCGUUACGUGCUCCUUGAAGAAGGCUCAAGCUGCAUGUAACACCAUGGACCAGAGCUUGACCUACUGUAGCUAUAGUGUUCUGUGUGCCCCAUUAGAAUUCAUCCACAAUCUGGCAAACAAAUCUGUUAACCUUUUCACUAAAGUUAGCAGAAGCUUUCAACUCCAACCCUAGCUAAGUGCUGUGUGGUUUGUAUGACACAAGCUUUCUCAUUCUGGGAACUGUACUGUACCUGACGUUGGUUUGUGGUGGGAGAGAGAUGCUAUCUACUGUCCGUGACAAACAGAAGUCCUCCAGGGGUUGGGAGUCUCCAGGGGUUGGUCACUCUGCCUGAUCUCUAUGGAGUCAGUGGUGCUGCGUGAUUCUCUAUGGAGUUAGUGGUGCUGCUGUGUGGUUGUCUAUGGAGUCAGUGGUGCUGUGUGGUUGUCUAUGGAAUCUGGUCACACUAUACGUAAGGCGUUAAGUAGUCCUUUACUCAGUGUGUGUGUGUGUGUGUGUGUUGGUGUGUUGAAUGGAUGGCUCCCACGUCAUCGUACUACAGGGCCAUGUGGUGGAUUAGAUAUUAGACAAUCUCACUGUUACGGCCCACAGCUCACAUGGCAAGACAUUGGUGUACCAGACUCCCCCACCAAGAAUAUAACAGAUUAUAGAUGUCAUGACUGUGGCAGUUAACUUGUUAAUGAGGCGACAAAAUGCAUUAGCAAUGCCAGCCCAAAACAGCGUAAGGUCAGGGAAGAUAUGUUGCCCUUUGGUGUUUGAGUCUCUAGUUUUCUCUGUUUUUUUUAAUCAUCUCUGCUAGGAUGGACCACGUUUAUCUACACACUGGCAGGAUCUGUAUGUGUUGGUGAGUUACCUCUCUUUAGUUUCUCUUCAACAGUUUUCCAUUAGGUCCUAACUGCCCUAAAGCCUCGUGUUGAUGGUCAUCCAGAACAGUGUUGUGUUUGGUAGUGUUUCAGAAACACUGCGUCUCGUUGCUGUCUCUCGUCCAGAGAGGGGGACAAUCAAACAGAGCAGGUGCAUUUAUUUCAUUAUUUUCCCUUUCCUCCUCUCCUCCGUCCUCUCUGGGAUGUCAUGUCAAAGUUGGGAGUAGCCUUGUGAUCUGAAGCCAAUAGCAACUCUAGGAAUGCAUUAGGAAUGGGACAAAAUCACACUGGAACUCAGAUAUCCAGAGCGACUUACAGUUAGUGAGUGCAUACAUUUUUCAUACUGAUUCCAUAUGUGUUAUUUCAUAGUAUUGAUGUCUUCACUAUUAUUCUACAAUGUAGAAAAUAGUAAAAAUUAAGAAAAACCCUUGAAUGAGUGGGUGUUCUAAAACGUUUGACUGGUAGUGUAUAUCUUAUGGUACUAUAUCUCUAGCAAUUGGUUUCACCUACAGCACUGUGACACCCUGCCAUACAGAGUUAAACUGUUCCCUACAGUGUUUUCUUAUACAGGACAUAUUAGGCCUGUCCUUUUUCAUAUGUAAAAAUGUUGUUAUGCUGAAGUCUUUUAAAGUUUGUCAAUGGAAACACAUAUUUGAGUAGGAGCAUUAUAUUUUCAUUAUAAAAUAUGUUACCUAGCAUGAGAAGGAGUCAUUCAACUCUCUUCACUCAUUUAGAAAGGCUUUGUGUUUUUAUUACAUUUCAUACAUAUUUGAUAUUUAUUUCUACAGGAAGUUGCAUUAUGAUCUGAUUAAAGUGAAUCGUUGCUUUGUAGGAUCUCACGUAAAGCUCCUUUUAAUUAUAGUCAGAUGUUUUUUCAAAACAGAAGAAAGUUGAACCGUUCGCUUUAACUAAGAUUAAAGUGGGUUUGAACCGAGAUGCCACUGAAUCGACAGAGUGUAGUCUGAAAGGCAAAUCAAGCACAGAUGUGUCUGAUAAAUAUAUCCACCACAACUUGAAGCGUUUGGCAUUUCAGCAUUUCUUUUGAACAUAUUAUUCAGACGAAGGAAGCAGACUUAACCAGGUCAGAAACGUAUACGGAGAGAAAAUGCACAUUUUCUUUGGUUCUUGAUUUCAGUUUUUCCCCUCAGGUUAAAAUCUGAAUUAAAGUUGCAUUGUUUGCCAUUUCAUUUGAGGUAAUAAUCAAUUUUUUCAUCCCAAGCCAUUUUCAGCCAGGGGCCAUGUGUAGAGUUGUAUUCUGUUUUUCCAUUGCUCUUUCAGGCCCAGAAGCAGAGCAGCAGAAGGUGGAGCCACAUCACACCAUAGUGUUUGAUGAUGGAGACUGUAUAGCAGUAGAAAACAAGGUAGGGUAUCUGAGCUCCUUACAGUGGGUCUGACUCUUAACACAGUUUUCAGGAAUUGCAAAUUCACUACAACUCAAAUUCCUUUCUCCAGACAUCAGAGGUCUCCCAUUUUGUCUUGAUUGCGGGACAGCCGAUCAAUGAACCGGUGGUCCAACAUGGUAAAGUCCUUCAUUUUUUUACGUUACUGAACUCAGUUACCACAAUAUUGUAUUGUUCUUGUGUGAUGUGACACACUACACCUUCCUCUUUCUCUCCAGGUCCGUUUGUGAUGAACACAGAAGAGGAGAUCAACCAGGCAAUCAGGGACUACAGCACAGGGACCAAUGGGUUUGAGAGGGCUAAGGCUUGGAGGUCUAAGAUCAGGGAUUCCUUCUAAGAAUCAGCAGGCACUUCUAAUCAUGUUAUAGGUCAUGUCUUGUUAUGGUCACGUGACUAAAGUGUAUUUUAAUCAUGAACUAGCUUGUUGUGUGUUUGUCUCUUUUUAAAUCAUUAAAUUAAACUGAAAUGUAAAUGAUGAAAAAUACACUUUAAUUGAACCUCAGUAAAACUAUCCUGCCGUGAUGUCUCCAGAAGAUAUUUAAUGGAACCACUGAUUAGUUCCUGAUAGUUCCAGUCAUUAUGUCUUUAGACAGACCUCAGAGGAGAUGCAAGUAUCCAUUACGGGAAGGAGGGGAAACCAACCACGUCUCACAUUUCAAGGUCAUUUGCAUCUGGCAGAAUGACGCCUCAUACUGCGAAACAGUAGAUCUCUC